AUGGGAAGUGGUACUGGUAUUUUACGCAGCGCCAGAAACAUUUCCGUAGGAUUCUGGCACACUGUAAUAAUAGAAAGACAACUGCGAGACAGCUUGCUGGUUCUGGAUGACGAUCCCCCAGUGAAAGGCUCCUCUCCGUGUUGUUCACGUGGAUUAAAUCUUUUGUUAGACAUGUUCAUAGGCGGAGUGAAAAACUUCACGACAUUCCACACUAGUAAAGUUGGCGUUAGCUCCUUUCUCUUUGGUUGUAUAUCCGAACUAUCAGUAGAUGGUAGGGAAAUAAACCUGCUCAAGUCCAAUCUUGACACGCGCGGUAUGAAACAAUGCACAGAAUGUCUUUUGCCUUGUGAAUUAAAACCAUGUUUGAAUAAUGCCACUUGCAUCCCGGUUGGAAAAACGGGCUUUUUCUGUUCCUGUGUUCCUGGAUAUACUGGACAAAAGUGUGAGUUUACACUGGCCGAUCCUUUGAAGAGUAACACAUGUGUAAAUGGCGGAGUUGAAUUAUCAUCAUCUGACAGGUUACUUAUUUAUUUAUUUAUUUAUUUAUUUUCCCAAACGUAAGAAAAAUGCACUCCACUACAGUCAACCCGCAGCUUGUUUUAAUGAGGUGUAGCUAUUAAUUCCCUCCGGUGUCUCUGCUAUUGAUAAGUUCGGCUAGUCUGUCCAAUAUUUUCUGCGUUAGGGUUGGUACUAUAGUCAAUCUAAAUAUAAAUAGUGAUAUUUUUGUAAAGAAAUUUCUUCUCGGACCUCAAAUGACGAUCUCUCGCGAUUAAGGACAGUAAUUCGUUGGAGGGUGUCCGAAAUAAAGGGAGCUGACUAUAUUUACUGUAAUGGACAGAAAGUCUUUGAAUACUUAGAAUACAACAAUACUUAAUUUUAAGACGUGAUAAAAGUAGUUCGCAAACCUAGAGAGCUUCAGAAAUUCUGAGCCUAAAAGUUGAUUUACUGUGUUACAGGUUAUGCAACUGCCCGCUCGGAUAUGGAGGCAGAAGGUGUAAUAAAAGUAAGUACUUUCAGAAGUUUUGCUUUAUGAAAUAG